AUGGUCUUUACCAGAUACACUUUUUUGCAUCUAAGCAGCCUUCCCAGAAGGCCCAGUAAGAGGCUGCAGAUUGAAGUCACGGAUCAUGGCAGAUGCAACGCACGCAAACUUGUGCGACCGCAGCAUUUUGGCUUCCUCUGCCGGCCAGCGAGGCUAAAGCUUAGUCACCGGGCAGCCGGUUCACCCUGGCAGUCAUCGCACAGCCCGCAGGUCAACCGGAUGACUUUUGCAAGGGCUUUGGCCAUCAAAGCAGUGCAGGAGCAGGCAAACCGCGAUGCCCACGAUACUGCGACUAGUGAGCGCUGGGUGAACUCCCAGGUUGUCAGCAUCAAAUCGACCUGCGUAGCCGCCAGCAAGCGCUGUGAAUUCUCCGUUGAGAUCCUAACAGACAGCUUGCCGUUCCUAUAUCAGCAAGAAGGUCAGAAGAAGCUCCUGAAGGAACUUCGAGCUCGACUGGGACAGCUUGGCUUCACCAAGCUAGGAGUCUCGCAAGAGUUUUCUGGUGAAGAUGCGGGAAAAGCCCGCGUUUCCAUGUCCUGGGCUGGCCUGGAGCCUUCGAAGCCUUCGCCCAAGUGCUGCACUUGCAGUGCCUUCUUGUGGACUCUGCCCACGCUGCUCACCAAAGGAUUUCGCACUGCCCAGACUGAGAAGCGGUUCGCCAGCCCGCUGAAGCUCCCGCUGAAGUCGCACAAUGCGGAGAGGAGUUGCCGUCCCUGGAACACGUCGGAGCUCUCCUGCUGA